UCUCAGGGAAGGACUCUCCGGCCAGUUAUAAAUACUUUCAACCUUUCCACAAUCAUGACAACACACCUCAGAUUUCUUUUCUUCUAUUGCAUUUUCUUACAUUUCUCUCUUUCUCUGUCACUCUCUUCCAACUCUUCCAUUCAACAUGACCAUCCUCAUCCAACAACCUGACCACCUGGGAGUUGAAGUUGAUGCAAAGACUGAACCACUAAAUGAGAGAGAACUGAUGUUGGACGGUGGAUUUCUGAUACCACAGACCAAUUCAUUUGGGCAAAUAUUUAGGACCUAUAAUGAUGUUGAAAGUGCUAGGCAUGAAGGAGUGGAGAAUUUCUACAGAAAAAACCACACCUACCAAUCACUUGAUUUUGUGAAGAAAAUGAGACAGGAGUAUGCAAAAUUGAACAAGGUAGAGAUGAGCAUAUGGGAAUGUUGUGAACUUCUGAAUGAAGUGGUGGAUGAGAGUGACCCUGACUUGGAUGAACCUCAGAUUGAGCACUUGCUGCAGACAGCAGAAGCUAUAAGAAAGGAUUACCCAGAUGAAGAUUGGUUGCACUUAACAGGCCUUAUCCAUGAUCUUGGCAAGGUGCUGAAUUUACCUACUUUUGGAGGUCUUCCUCAAUGGGCUGUAGUAGGGGACACAUUCCCAGUAGGUUGCAGAUUUGAUGAAUCAAUUGUCCACCACAAGUAUUUUAAGGAAAAUCCAGACUACAACAAUCCAUCAUACAACACUAAACAUGGGAUUUACUCAGAAAAAUGUGGACUUGACAAUGUGAUGAUGUCAUGGGGACAUGAUGAUUACAUGUAUUUAGUGGCAAAGGAGAAUAACACCACACUGCCCUCUGCUGCUUUGUUCAUUAUAAGAUACCAUUCAUUCUAUGCAUUACACAGAGAAGAAGCCUAUAUGCAUUUGAUGAAUGAUGAGGAUGUUGAGAAUCUAAAAUGGCUCCACAUUUUCAACAAAUAUGACCUUUACAGCAAGAGUAAAACUCGAAUUGAUGUUGAAAAGGUCAAACCAUACUAUCUUUCACUGAUCGAAAAGUACUUCCCUGCAAAGCUGAAGUGGUGAAAAGUUCAUUGGAACCAUGAAAAAGGCCAUAAUUUAUGAUGAUAGCCAAACAGUUUCUUAUGUAGUUGAGGAAAUAAUAAGCUAGAAAGUUGUAGCAGUGUUAAUCAAUUUAUAUGCUUUUGUGCUAAAAGAUAUUCUUCUAUGAAAUAAUGUUUGCAGCUGGAGUGCUAUCUGAAAUAUUUUUCACU